UAUGAAGUAGACUUUCAAAGCCACGCUGUGAAACGUGGAAGGAGAAAGAAUCCAAAACAAAGGUAUUGUGGGCGCUAUAGUUUUUCGAGGACCCAUUUCGGAGAAAUAUUACGCGAUGAAAACAUACAGGAUCGUAUUAGAAUACGAAGUACUUCAAUUCGCGGUCAAGCAGAGCGAGUAUCGCGUCUUGAAAGUUGUUCGAUGUAUGAUGCAGUUUAUCAGUGUCUAUCACCUGAACCAGACCAGCAACUCCAUGAUGUUGCAGUCCAACCAUCAGCACCAAUAUCAGCCGUCAUGAUGCGUCGUGAGCUCGCUAGAUUAUCGUGUGAUCGGAAUCAGUAUCAUUACAGCUUAUAUCGAUUACUGCGCGCAAGUAUUAUGGCAAAAUUAAAUCGUUUAUAUGAAAAUACAACGUUGGGAAGUGUUCGCAAAUCAUCACAAAAGGUACUGUUAAUAAAUCACAGGAAUGAACGUUUCAAGUGGAGUGAUGUGCUGUGGUUGCAACUUCAGGCUGCAGUUGCAGGCAGACAAAUGAAAUCACCGAGGGAUCAGAUUAGAUCAACUCGUGAACAUGAUAAGUAUUUAUUAGUUGAGCGUGAAAAACAAAAAGCAGUUCUAGAUGAGAUUCGUAAUUUUCGUUUGAAUAAUAAAAUUAAAGCUCGGCUUCCAUCUCAACCACCAUCUGCAGACAGUUACGAUCAGAAUUCGUUAAAGGCAGGACUAAAAUUAGUCAGAAAUUUGUUAGAACGGUAUGAAAGUUUCGUUGCAUUAUUUCCCAAUAUAAUCAGUAUGGAACGGUCGACUAAAUUGGAUGAAUCUAUUAAAACUCGAAUUCGAAUUCUUUAUGCGUGGUACAAUAUCACGCUUGAUUUGUAUUCCAGAAUAAAAGAGGUUGGUGUGAUUUUGGGUAUUUAUAAAAACAAGGAAUCUGCUAGGUGCUCAUCCCCUUCUCCAAAUCUAGUGAUAAAGGAUACUCCUACUGCUACUCAGCCAGUUGGGGUUUUGUCUUGGCCAUCAUUAGAUAGCCCUAUGGAUGAUUAUGAAAGUUUGAAACCUUCACAAAAAUCUUGUGAGCUCACUCAUGCUUCAAGUUCACCACAAAGUUUGUUGCUACAAAUGACUAUGCAAACAACAUCAGAUUUACCUGCAUUACUGGAACAGCCCAACAGUAUAUAUACGGCAUUUGUUUCUCGUAGUUUACGGCGUAAGGGUAUGCGAAAAGUUUUACAACGUUUGGACAGUGUUUGCUUAUUAACUAUAAAGAAGGUUAUCGCCAUGGUAAAGAAAUCUUCAGUUGCUCAUGCUCAGGUUGUUGGAGAUGAAAGCAAGGAGCGAUCUAUAGAUUAUAUUACGGCGUUAACUCCCGAAUGUUAUAUCAGUGAAUGCUUAAAGUUUGACGAUAAGCAAAUAAGCGAUUUACCACAUGGGUUAACAAGUCAUGAGCAAUUUUCGGCGAUGGGAUUGCCAUCAUUCGAAAAUUUAUUUUUAUUUUUGACGCGAGUACCACUUGAUCUUGUUCAUGAAUGGUUAAAAAUGCGUGGUUCUGCACAACUGCCUUCUGAUUUGUUGACAUUGCAAACGGUACUUAAUUAGUU